UGACGCCCCGCCGCUGCGCUCCGCCGCCGUGCCCGUCGUAUAUCAGUCCUGUCUCUUGCUCCGCACUUGGGCCAUGGCUUGUCCGUCCCGCUCCUCGAGAUCAUCAUGGCUGCAGAUCUGUCUGGAGAAGGCGUCAUGGCCAUCGAAUGGACCUUGCUCAUGGUCGCGUACACCUUGGUGAUUGCGCGGCUUUGUGUGAGGCUUCUUGUGCAACGCCGGUCGUUGCUGCUGUCGGAUUAUUUUCUGGUUAUUUCUGCGAUUGACGCAAUGGCUCUCAUUGUGUGCGACACUGCAACGUACAAACUGGGCGCAAUGGGAGCGGACGAUUCCCUGUCCGCAGACGACCCGGCAAAAGAAGUCGCUUUGAACAAAAUUUCUUUCAGUUCCAAUUAUUUCUACGACUCUGGGAUGUACUUCCCCAAAAUCGCUCUCUUGACAUUUUACUUCAAGCUAUUUCCUCAAACGAUGCCAAGGCUCAGAAAAAUGCUCUGCUGUGUCACCGGUUUCACAGUGUGCUGCAUGAUAUGCACCUGCUUCCUGGACACGUUCUGGUGCGGCAGCGAUGUAUCGAUAAACUGGGCCGAAGAUUCGACAUGCUCGUCUUUCGGAUCGAAGCGGGUCUUCCAGAUAGACUGGGUAAUGAACAUUACCUCGGACAUAUUGGUCUUCUGCCUCCCCUUCCCCCUCAUCCGCAAGCUGCAACUUCGGCAGCGCCAGUUGGCCGGCUUGACCGUCACCUUUGCGUUAGGCGCACUUACCAUGGCUGCAAGCGUGGCGCGGUUCGCUACGAUCCAGGUCAUUCACUCGUGGAACAACGUCUACGUGUGGUCGAUGGUCGAGAUGUCGAUUGCGAUCAUGGUGGUCUCGCUGCCGUCGCUGCGCGGCCUGCUCACGGGGCUGCGUUCCGGGUCCGCGGGGUACAGUUCGCGGACUCAUCAGUACAACAGGUCAGGAUCAGGAGCGGUGCAUGUCGGUCAGUCUGCAGGCAGCCAUGCUCGCUGUCACCCUAGAGACGACGACGACGACACUGGCAGCGAAGUGGAGCUAAGUCGUAUGGACAGAGUAGAUGUCAUCUACAAGGUCGACCAGGUGUGGAUCGCAGAAUGGAUUCUGCUAGUUGUAGCCUGGGCAUUCGUCGCGCUGCGCGUGUACGUGCGGCUGUUCAAGCUGCGCGAGCGGCUCUCAUGGGCCGACAUCAUCCUGAUCCUGAGCGCGAUCGACGGGCUGGGCCUGAUCGUGUGCGACACGCUGACGUACGAGAUCGGGGCCAUGGACGGCGCGGACGGGUCGGUGAAGCUGUCCAAGAUCUCGUUCAGCUCCAACUACUUUUACGACUUUGGCAUGGGCGUGCCCAAGCUGAGCAUGCUCGCUUUCUAUUGGGACUUUUUCCCGGCGUCCAGGCCGAACCUCCGCAAGGCCCUGUAUGUCGUCGCUGCGUAUGUGUGCGCGGCCUACAUGACUAUCCUCUGGCUGGAUACCUUCUACUGUGGUCGCCAUGUUAGCGUGCAGUGGUCGCAGGAGGAGGGCGCGUGCAAUGUCUACUACGCCGACAUCCCGUUCCAGGUUAACUUUUCACUCAACCUGUCGUGCUACAUCUUCAUUUAUGCCCUCCCGCUCGCUCUCCUAGGUUCGACGCUGAAGCUCGGCCUUGGUGUCAUCUCGGCCUUCUCUCUCGGUUUCCUCGCCGUAUGGGUUUGCAUCAUCCGGUUCAUCGUCCUCAACACGACCAGCGGCGAGCCCAACAUUGUUUACCUCCUGAGCAUGCUCGAGCUCGUGGUUGCAAUCAUGGCAGUCUCGCUUCCGGGGCUGAAGCCGCUGUACGAGCGCAAGCGCAGCACGGACCGCGAGUCCAGCAUCGUCGUGUCAAGCCACGAGGCCAUUGAGCCAAAGAAGCAAGACGCGUAGCGAAGCAAGACGCGUAGCGAAGUAAGACUCGUAGCGGUGUAAAAUGGGAGCAUUUUUCUUUCGAAUUUACGGUAGUUGCGACGCUGAGCUCUACCUUUUUGAUUUCUCAUAGUAUUUGUCAAUAAAAAAAAAGCAAACUGCUUCUCGAU